UUGCUAGGCUUCCGCAUAGGCCAAGUUCGUGUCAUUUUCUCAAUUCCUGCAACGGCAACACAACUAUUGUUCCCUCCAGCAAACCAGCCUCCCAAGCACCUUGCGUAUGUCGAAUGGUUUACUCCCUUUCCUGCGACACCAGAUCCCAGGCACGGCAUGUACAAAGUUAGCCGAUUCAUUCGGUCUGGCGAGAGGGUGGCAAGUAUCAUUCCUGUUUCAAAUAUUGCCCGCAGUGUCGAUCUUAUCCCAAAGUUCGGAGCUAUUGUACCUCGACACUGGACAAGUAACAAUGUUCUCGAAGAAUGUGACACCUUCUUCGUUAACUGCUAUAUUGAUAGACAUAGUUUCGUAACUCUCAGAUAA